UGGGACAUAGAAUCAAGCGAUUUUUUAUUAUAUUGAAUUUGUGACAACCAAGGCCAUCCGAAGUCCAAACGAAACAGGAAGAUUGCGUUUCAUUUAUGUUCAAAUUUUGAAUUUGUUGGCAUUCGUAAAACUUGUUUCACGUUUCGACGGUCAUAGUUCAUAACAGUUCAUAAUCGGGAAGAAAUCUCACGAACCAAUCGCAGGUAGUUAAAAUGUCUACUACAUCACAGAAGCACAGGAACUUCGUGGCUGAGCCGAUGGGAGACAAACCUGUGACCGAACUAGCUGGUGUCGGAGAGGUGUUAGGAAAAAGAUUAGAGGCUGCAGGCUUUGAUAAGGCAUAUGUGGUCCUGGGACAGUACUUAGUGUUAAAGAAGAAUAAAGAACUGUUUCAAGAAUGGAUGAAGGAUGCUUGUUCAGCGAAUGCAAAACAGUCAACAGAUUGUUAUCAGUGUCUUACUGAUUGGUGCGAAGAAUUUUUGUAAAGUGAUUGUGAUAGAUUUGACUUAAAUAUUCUUUAAAGAAAAACAACUAUAAGCUUAAUUAUAAAGUUAUAUGACAU